AUGUCUGACGAACCGACUGCUGUUACUACUGAAGUUCAGGAGGCCCUGGACGUUCACGAACCCUCUCUUUCAAAGGUGCCUGGUUCCGCGCCCGAAGGGGACGACGAGGGGGAAGAAAGCGACACGUAUGAUGACUUUGAUGCUGAGGAUAACAAGGAUAACGGGGAAUUUGCAGGGGCUGAAGACGACGACGAGGAUGGGGAUGACGGGGAAGAUCAUGAGGAAGAGCGAGAUGUUGCCAAGUCCAAUUUGACUGCUUUGCUCCUUAACGAUCCGAAUGCCGGAGGCGUCACCGGAAAUGCAGACGAAGACGAGGACGAUGAAGAUGCUGAUAGUGAGGAAGAGUAUAACGAGGAACAAGAGGAACCCGAAGUUGUUGCGGUACAAGCGAAUGGUAAUGGGAAGAAGAGGACCAUUGAUGAUGUAAACUCGGACGAAGUUGGAGUGGAAGCCGACGAACGUGAGGCUGCGGCGAAGAAAGUGAAAGCUUGA